AUGGCGACGGUGCACGGAGCGCACGGCCGGCCCGGCGCAGCUACGGCCGCCCUCCUCCUCCCCCUCCCCCCUGCCCCCCACACGGCGUGCCCUGUCCCCCCUCUCUCUCCUCUCCGCUCACUACCUCUCUCUCCCGAUGCGGCCUGGGCGACGGCAGCCAGCCGUUCUGAAAACCAGUACAGAUCCAAUUGGCCGAAGACGGAGCACGAUGGCCUACUGGGAAGUGGUGGUUUCCCCAGGCCAUCAGGAUAUGCUGGCCAGUUACCAUCAAAGGAUCGUGGCACUGUGCCUCAGCAAAACAGGACCUCAGAACGCUCCCUGGCACCACGUCCUUACAAGGCUGCUCCUUUCUCGCGGAAAGAUAUUGACUCAAUGAAUGAUGAGACAUUUGGGUCUUCAAAAUUAUCAAAUGAGGAUACAAUAGAAGAAGAAAGGAAGCGGGUGGUCAUAUUUUCUUACUGCAACAUAAAACAUCCUUGUCUUUCCCCGCUGCAAUCAUCGAUUUUGUCUCACAUUGCCCUGUAUGCAGCGUCUUUGGAGUUGAUGAGAAAAGAGCAACACAAGGCAAUGCAUGGAAAGAAGGAUGGUCCUGAUAUCCUGAAGCAGAAUCCCAGUGAUGAUAUCAUUUCAUGGUUACAGACAUCUGCUGCAGAGGCAAAUGCCAAAACUAAAAAUGAGGAGUUAAAUGGUUCCUUAGUAUGCUCAUAUCAACAAGAUACCACUAAACCAUCUUCAGUUCUACUAGCUCCUGCAGCCAUGCCGCUUGUCCUGCCGAGUUUUGCAAAUGCACUUGCACAAGAAACUUCAGCCACAGUCAUCUAA